CUUGUAAUUCAUGUGUCAGUAACAGGUAACUAGUGUGUAAAACAAAUUAGACCAAAAUUCAAAAAUUCAACUUUUAUACACUAUUGAUGAUCAUUUUUGUACUUUUUGUGUAGGUAAAUGUGUAAGUUAUUGUACUUUAAUCUCUUAACGUUUUGAAUUUAACUGUGCAAAUUCUUAAAGUAUUUUGACCUUAAAAAAUAUUUAUUAUGCUACCUUCUAAAGGUUAUUUUAAGGCUCUUGAAUGUCCUUAUUAUAAUUUAUCCUUUUGUGAUCGACCGUAUUGUCAUUUUAAGCACAGUAAACAAGACUAUUUAUCAGACAAUGAUUUACAUCAUGCUGCUAGCACUGAUAUUACAAAUUUAAAAUCAUCCAACAAUACAAAGCCUUCUGACGAAUCAGUGAUUAAACAAAAGACAAAAUCUAAAAUAAUUGAGUAUGUACCUAAAUGUAUUAAACCUAAAAAUCUUGAAAAUAUUAAUAGUAUCAUUAAAAAAGAAACAAAUCCAGUCCCAGAAUAUGUACCUUCACCUGUCAAUGGUACUACUUCAAAUUUUAAAGAAUAUGUUGAUAUUCAAAAUGAUAGCAAUAUGGAUGAAAAAAUGUCAGUUGAAUAUACUAAACCAGUAUCAGAAUCAUAUAAUAUUAACAAACAAUCUUUAGAUAUUACAGAAUAUAUUCCUAGUAGUAUUGUUAAAACUAAAAAUCCUAAAGAAGUCUCUGGCAACAAAGAUAACCAUAAACAUCAUUCUUCAUCAAAACGUAAGCAUACGUCAUCAAGAAGUCCUUCGAGAUCUUCAAGUAAAUCAAAAAAAUCCAAGAGAGACAAAUCUACAGAUAAUAUCAAGACUAAAAAGAGAGAACAUUCUAAAGAUGAAAGACGCAGAAAAGACAAAAUCCAAGAUAAAAAUGAUGUAUUGUUUGACAAUACAAAGAAAUUCGUUGGACCAAAAUCAUUAAAAGAAGCUGUUUUACAAAAAGUGAAUAAAACCUUAGAAGAUACUAUUAAUGCACGAAAAGUGUCCAGUUCAAGUAUUGAAAAUAAUGAUGCAUUGACAAGCUCGGUGAAAUCUGAUUUAGAAGACUUAUUCCAUUCCGAUAUUUCUGAUAUUUCAGAAACUGAGCAAAACGAAGAAAAAUGUAAUAUCAUAGAAGCUAAAACAAAGAAACGAAUUGCACACAUUUCGUCUAAUAGCAUAUUCUCAAAAAUUAAUGCCAAACCAGUUGCUAGACCUAGAAGUACAAAAUCAUUACAUGAAAUGGUGGCUAGCCGUAUACAAAUGACUCAAAAUAAUAAAAUAAAUGAGCUGUCAAGUUUGGCCAUUAAAAGUAAACCCCCAUUCUUAAACAAUGACUUGAUCACACCUGUUCUGAAGACAAAAAAUCGAAUAGCUCAUCAACCCAAGCUUGAAUUAUCAUCUACUGGUGAAACAUCAAGUAGUUCUGAAAAAAGCAAAUUACCCAAUGCAAAUAUUAAGCCAAAUUUAAGGGUUAAAACAUUCAAAAGUAGUAAUAAUAUGCCUAAUCCUAUGCGUCAAAGUUGUUUGGAAAAACUUUAUGCAGCAUUUGUUAAAUACUAUACAUCUGAAGAAGCCAUUAAGAAUGCUUAUACAACCGAGGAGGAAGUUCAUAACAAAGCUAAAACGUCUGGAAUUUAUAGGAAUUUAAUUGUGCAGUCUUUAUUGAAAGCCAACAAACCACCCGAACUUCAGAAUAAAAUUAAUCCUAAUUACCCUUCUCAUAUGCACGGUGUAUGUCUUUAUGGACUUUUAAAAAAAUAUGUAUUGUCCAAAGAAGAUUUGGAGCAAAAUGGGUAUCCACUAAUGGGUAAUAAUAAAUUGGCUUACAUUUCCAAAAAUGCACACUACUAUCGACCAAUAUCAAAAAAACGCAAUGGUGACAAAUUUAUUUGUAUGAAUUGUAGAAAUGAGUUUAUGGUAGACAAACAUGGUAUGCCUACAUUGACAUUAAAUAAAUGUAUUUAUCAUUCUGGAAAAUUGAGAUUUGAAAGAUCGAAAAAUGAAAAAUUUUGGAUGUGCUGUUACAAGAGACAACACGAGUCAGGCUGUGAAUCGAGUAUUUAUCAUAUGCCAGAUAAAUUAGAUGAUGAUGCGUUAGAAGAAUUUGUUUCUACAGAAGGUGUAGAAUGUAAAAAAAACUCUGAAGAACCUAAUUUUUAUGCCUUGGACUGUGAAAUGGUGAACACAACUGUUGGUACGGAAAUGGUACGUGUGACUGUCAUUGAUCAUGAGGGAAAUGAAGUAUACGAGUCUAAAAUUAAGCCUUUUAACCCAAUACUUGAUUAUAAAUCUAAGUACAGUGGGAUUACUGAAGAGUCAUUAAAGUACUGUUCUAAAAGAUUGUUUGAAGUACAAUUAGACUUGUUGAAAAUGUUCAACCGAGAUUCAAUUUUAAUAGGUCAUAGUUUAGAAAAUGAUUUAAAAGCUCUAAAAAUUGUUCAUUAUAAUGUAGUGGAUACAAGCAUAAUGUAUCCUCAUAAAUAUGGCCCACCGUAUAAAUGGAGUUUAAAAUUGUUGUCUGAACAAUAUCUUCAAAGAAUAAUACAAAGUGAAGAAGGGCAUGACAGCAAAGAAGAUGCAGUAGCUUCAUUGGAUCUAGUUUGGAAACGACUAAAAGAAGACGUAAAAAAAUUUAAACCUGUUAACAUUAUUAGCGUGAAUAAAAAAUAAUAAACCAUAGAGUUAAAUAUUUAUAUAAAAAAAAUUGAUCUCAUAGUUUUUUUAAUUGUACAUAAAAAACAUUUAUGUAUGUGAUCCAUUGAUUUAAACAUGCUGUAUAAAAAAUAUAUUUUUAAUUAAACAAUUUGAAAAUUGGUACUUUUGGAUAAUCCUUUAUUUUGUAACUAUUUAUAAAACU